GCAUCUUGAUCUUCAGUUUGGUUCAGCGGCUUUCACGACGCUAUCGCAACAAAACCACUCGAGAUAAAGUCAAGGUUGUCACACCUAUGCGAUCACAUAAUCCGGCAUGAAGUUAGCUCUGAUUUUGGUUCUCCUCGCGGGGUAUUCCCGAUGUCAGACCCUGAACGACGACGUGAUCAACCAGCUGCCGGAUUUGUUCUCGAAAGCGACGCCGCCUCCCAAGUGUACCACAGGGAUAUGCUUGCCGGGCUAUGAGACGGUGCCGACGUCAUCUACGGAGUCGUCCGUGAGCUAUAUAGAAAAAUGUGGGGAGGGCAAGACGCUGGGCAAGCGGCUUUGCGUAAAUUACGAGUAUUGUGACGGACGGACGGACACCAUCGUCCAGAACGGGAUUACGGCUGGAUUUGGAGUGAUCGACAUUAGAUUUGGAGAGAACCGAUGUGGCCACCCCCUGGAGGUGUGUUGUAAGAUCCCAGAGGGAGGACUGUCCCCCAAUUUUGAUCCCAACGCGAAGCCACCUACAACUACACCCCCUCCGACCGCUGGUACUACCGCCCCUCCGUUCACCCCAAGCUACUGCGGCGUGAGGAAUCAGAAUGGCAUCGACUUCAAGAUUACUGGCAACAACGAUAACGAGGCGGAAUACGGAGAAUUCCCAUGGAUGGUCGCUCUUAUAAAGAGGAAUUCUAAUCCCGCGCCUCAAGAGCACUUCUCUUUCUGCGGGGGUUCCUUGAUAAGUCCGUCUGUGGUUCUGACUGGCGCUCACUGCGUGUACAAGUUCAAGGCAAACGAGAUAAAGGUCCGAGCUGGAGAAUGGGACUCAAAAACCAACAGGGAAAGACUUCCCUACCAAGAGAGGAACGUUGUCAAUAUUAUCACUCACAAAGACUUUGUCGCAGCGGGAGUCUUCAAUGACUUCGCAUUACUCGUGCUCGAAUCACCGCUGGACAAGGCAGAGCACAUCGGUACUGUCUGCUUGCCAGAUCAGGCACAAGUUAUCCAGUCUAAGAAUUGUUUCGUCAGCGGUUGGGGCAAAAACGUUUUCGGAUCGGAAGGUACAUACCAGGACAUCUUGAAGAAAAUCGAACUCCCCAUCGUCCCUGUAGGACAGUGUCAAGCUGCAUUAAGAGAGACUCGUUUGGGGGCUGGAUAUGUACUUCACGACAGCUUCCUUUGCGCUGGUGGAGAAGAAGGGAAAGAUGCUUGCUCGGGUGAUGGCGGCAGUCCACUAGUAUGUCCUGACCCCAACAACCCAACCAGAUAUCUCCUGACUGGUAUGGUGGCCUGGGGAAUCGGAUGCGGAAGCCAGAAUGUACCGGGUGUUUACGCCGAUGUAGCCAAAUUUAGAUCCUGGAUCGACGAGCAAAUGCGAAGACUGAAUCUCGACACUAGCCCCUACGUUUCUAUGGUAGCCACCCUCAGGGAGGAAUCCAUCGAAGUAAGCCCCAUAAAACUCAUCAUGUACAAAUGUGAAGGAGCUUUGAUCCACCCCCAGGUCGUCCUAACCGGCGCACACUGCGUGAGCGGUAAAAAUAAGUCGUUCAAUAUCAGAGCUGGGGAAUGGGACACCCAACACGCCCAGGAACUGUUUCCCCAUCAGGAGAGAGAGGUCCAGUCUAUCUCCAUCCAUCCUCAUUACUACGCAGGAGCGUUGUAUAACGACGUCGCUUUGCUCUUCUUGAAAUUUCCCGUGGACAUUGCUGAAAACGUGGACGUCGUUUGUCUACCUCGGUCUAGACUCGUCUUGAAGUCUCGAGACUGCUACGCCACCGGCUGGGGUAAAGACGCAUUCGGAAAGAUGGGCAAGUACCCGGUGAUCCUGAAGAAAAUCGAUCUGCCUAUCGAUCUCUCCCGGGACCCCAUUUCGAACUUCAUCGAAGCUUCGUAUGUGCAGGUGGAGGACAUGGAAGUGACACUUGUAAAGGAGACGGAGGAAGCCCAUUGGUAUGCCACAUUGAGAGAAGCACUAACAAGUUCUAUCAGGCGGGGAUUGUUGCAUGGGGCAAUGGAUGUGCACCACAACAGACAUUCACUUGAAUUCAAUUGUGUUAUCGUUAUGCAGUCGGCGCUGACUUUCGCCCUUAUCGUUGGACUCGCCGGGGGUCAACAAUUAACCAACGAUACCAAAGAAGCACUGAUAGAUCUGUUUGCAACGUCCAAACCUACUACUACUACCUGUCCUCCUGGGAAAAUAUGUAUACCUGGAUUCAGUGAAGUGUCGUCUUCAACAACUGCAUCGUCCAUAAGUUAUAUUGAGAAAUGUGGAGAAGGGACGACAAAGGGAAAGAAGCUUUGCGUUAAUUACGAAUACUGUGAUCCGAAAACGAAGACCAUUGUGCAGAACGGGUUGACAGCUGGCUUUGGAGUAAUCGACAUUAGAAUAAGGAAGAACCGCUGCGGUCACCCUUUGGAGGUGUGUUGUCAGAUUCCAAAGGGUGGACUAUCUCCCGACUUCGAUCCCAGCGCAAAACCAUCUACAACAGCACCUCCUCCGACAGUCAGUAGUACCACUCCUACGCCACCUAUCGCCUCAAGCCGUUGCGGUAAGAGAAAUGAGAAUGGAAUCGAUUUCAAGAUUACCGGAAACAGGAACAACGAGGCGGAGUACGGGGAGUUCCCUUGGAUGGUGGCUAUCAUAAAGAAAAAAUCUUACACUUCCGAAGAGAACUUCUCUUUUUGUGGCGGUUCGUUGAUAAGCCCUUCCGUGGUUUUGACAGCCACACACUGUGUCUAUAAGUACAAGCCGGACGAGAUAAAGAUCCGAGCAGGAGAAUGGGACUCAAAAACCGCGAGAGAAAGACUUCCCUACCAGGAGAGGAACGUCGCUAAUUUUAUUACUCACAGAGAUUUCGUCGCAGCGGGAGUUUUCAACGAUGUGACCUUGCUGGUUCUCGAUACACCUCUGGAUAGGGCUGAACAUAUCGGCACCGUGUGUUUACCCGAUCAAGGGCAAGUUAUCCAGUCCAAAAACUGCUUCGUCAGUGGUUGGGGCAAAACCGUUUUCGGUUCAGCCGGUACCUACCAGGACAUUAUGAAGAAAAUUGAAGUUCCAAUAGUUCCGGUAGCCCAAUGCCAAUCAGCACUGAGGCGGACCCGUUUGGGUUCUUCAUUUAUCCUCCAUGACAGCUUCCUCUGCGCUGGAGGAGAAGCAGGGAAAGACGCUUGCACGGGCGAUGGAGGUAGUCCUCUAGUAUGUCCCGACCCCAGGAACCCAUCUAGAUAUCUUCUAACUGGUAUGGUAGCUUGGGGAGUAGGUUGUGGAGAACUGAAUGUACCGGGUGUUUACGUGGACGUCGCCAAGUUUAGAUCCUGGAUCGAUGACCAGAUGCGGAGAGAAAAUCUCAACACUGAUUCAUACAUCUCGUAAAAGGUUUAAUAAUAAACGAAAAAAUUU